GAUAUGUAGCUGUGUGCCCGAUUCAGUAUUCCGAUUAAGGCUGUAAAACAGAACGGACCUAAAAGUAUUUACUUAUUAUUUGUUAAAGCUACGAAAUCGAACUGGCGUUUCUUCGCAAAUUUUGUAAUCAAGCAAAAAUGUCGCUGCCACGUGUUUAUUUCGACAUCAACGCCGGCGGCGAGAAACUGGGUCGUAUCGUAAUGGAGUUGCGCUCGGAUGUGGUUCCAAAGACCGCCGAAAACUUUCGCGCUCUUUGCACCGGGGAGAAGGGCUACGGCUACAAGGGGUCUCCAUUCCAUCGCGUUAUACCAAAUUUCAUGUGUCAAGGUGGCGAUUUCACCAAUCAGAAUGGCACGGGCGGACGUUCCAUCUAUGGCCACAAGUUUCCCGAUGAGAACUUUGAGCUGAAGCACUUGGGACCGGGCACCCUGUCGAUGGCCAAUGCUGGACCCAAUACGAAUGGCUCGCAGUUCUUUAUAUGCACCGAGAAGACCUCCUGGCUGGACAAUAAGCAUGUCGUCUUUGGUCGAGUUGUGGACGGCAUGGAUAUUAUACGCAAGGUCGAAUCGAUGGGCUCCAAUUCUGGCUCAACCACAAAGAAGAUUCUCAUUCAGGACUGUGGCGCUUUGUAAAGAGGAACGCCUCUUUAUUUGGCUGUCAACGAUAUUUCGAAUUGACAUUUUACUCAAAUUUUCAAUGUUAUUCGAGACAGUUUAAAAUACACAUACAUAUGUUUGGGCGUUGCAAGCAAA